CACCUAGGCAUGCAAACUGCUUCUACAAACAUUUGUGAAAUAAUCAGUUGCUCUCAGGAGAGAGCUCAGUGAAUUCAACGUGGUAUCGUGAUGGGUUGCCACCUGUGCAAUAAGUCCAUCCGUGAAAGUACCUUGCUACUAAAUAUUCCACGGUCAACUGUUGGUGGUAUUAUAACAAAGUGGAAGCAACUGGGAACAGCAGCAGCUCAGGCACGAAGUGGUAGGCCACGUAAAAUGACAGAGCGGGGUCAGUGCGUGCUGAAAUGCACAGUGCCGAGAAGUCACCAGCUGUCUGCAGAGUCAAUAGCUAAGAACCUCCAAACUUCAUGUGGCCUUCAGAUUAGCACAACCAACAGUGUGUAGAGAGCUUCAUGAAAUGGGUUUCCAUGGUUGAGCAGCUGCAUCCAAGCCUUACAUCACCAAGUGUAAUGCAAAGGAGGCUGUGGUGUAAAGCACGCCACCACUGGACUCUAGAGCAGUGGAGACAUGUUGUCUGGAGUGGAUCAUGCUUCUCUGCCUGGCAAUCUGAUGGGCGUGUCUGUGUUUGGCGGUUGCCAGGAGAAUGGUACUUACCUGACUGCAUUGUGCCAGAUUUUGGGGAAGGGGGGAUUAUGGUGUGGAGUUGUUUUUCAGGGGUUGGGCUUUGCCCCUUAGUUUCAAUGAAGGGAACUCUU